CACGAGGAGUAACAAAGUGAACACAUGGAAAAGCAAAAGACUGACCGAACUGUCCGUUCUCUGCCCAUGUAGGACUCGUUUUUUUUCUGAGAUUUGGGGAUGCUUCAAAUCAGAAGCUUCCCCUGUGACAGACCUGUCUGAGCUCCGCUGAACACUGCUGAACAUGACCCAGCCCAAUGUGAGCCUGGUGACUGCCAACCUCAGCGGGGCCUGGGCCAGGGCCGGAAGCGACGACCUAGGGUAUGGAGCAGGGAACUUCUAUCGUCCGUUCUCAGUGUUCAGCGUGCUAACUCUCACCCUGCUAGCCAUGCUGGUGGUGGCUACCUUCGUGUGGAACCUCCUAGUUCUCCUCACCAUCCUGAGGGUGCGUACCUUCCACCGCGUGCCCCACAACCUGGUGGCCUCCAUGGCCAUCUCGGACGUGAUGGUGGCCGCCCUGGUCAUGCCCCUGAGCCUGGUGCACGAGCUCAACGGGAGGCUGUGGAAGCUGGGCCGCGUGCUCUGCCAGGUAUGGAUCUCCUUCGACGUGCUCUGCUGCACGGCCAGCAUCUGGAACGUGACGGCCAUCGCCCUGGACCGCUACUGGUCCAUCACCAGACACUUGGAGUACACGCUCAAGACCCGCAAGAGGAUCUCCAAUGUGAUGAUUGCUCUUACCUGGCUGUUGUCCUCCGUCAUCUCCCUGUCGCCGCUGUUCGGCUGGGGGGAGACCUACUCGGAGGAGGGCAUGGAGUGCCAGGUGAGCCAGGAGCCCUCCUACACUAUCUUCUCCACCUUCGGAGCGUUCUACCUGCCGCUGUGCGUGGUGCUCUUCGUCUACUGGAAGAUCUACAAGGCUGCCAAGUUCCGUAUCGGCUCGUGCAAAACCAACACCAUCACGCCUAUGGCUGAGGUGAUUGAGGUGAAGGAAACGUCGCGGCAGCCCCAGAUGGUGUUCACAGUGCGCCACGCCACUGUGACCUUCCAGACGGACGGCGACACGUGGCGCGAGCAGAAGGAGAAGAAGGCGGCGCUGAUGGUGGGCAUCCUGAUUGGCGUCUUCGUCCUCUGCUGGAUCCCCUUCUUCCUCACGGAGCUCAUCAUCCCGCUGUGCCACUGUGACAUCCCGCCCAUCUGGAAGAGCAUCUUCCUGUGGCUGGGCUACUCCAACUCCUUCUUCAACCCGCUUAUCUACACCGCCUUUAACAAGAACUACAACAACGCCCUGAGGAACCUGUUCUCCCGUCAACGCUGAGGCUGAGGGCUAAAGGGUGAGGGCUAAAGGGUGAGGGCUAAAGGGUGAGGGCUAAAGGGUGAGGGCUAAAGGGUGAGGGCUAAAGGGUGAGGGCUAAAGGGUGAGGGCUAAAGGGUGAGGGCUAAAGGGUGAGGGCUAAAAGAGAAUGAGGGCUAAAGGGUGAGGGCUAAAGGGUGAGGGCUAAAGGGUGAGGGCUAAAAGAGAAUGAGGGCUAAAGGACAAAACAGAUCAUGCCAAAUAGAGGUUAAAAUCAACGGGUGGCCGUUCAAUUGUCUCUGACCACAGAACAUUGGCCAUCAUUUUCUGUUCAUUUAAAACUAAGGCUGAGGCUGGGGAUAAGGCAGAGGCGGAGAAUGGGGCAGUCUUGAAAAAAACACACCAUCACAUGAUCAAAUUGAUGUCACAGGAAUGGUGUUGAGGGGGGUAACUUUCCUUAGAUACACCAUAGACUGAAAACAAAAUAAAUAUGGUUAUCUCAUAAACCAUAAUACUCAACUACAAACCAUGGCCAGCUAGCACAUUUGGUUCCUUGGAAGUUGUGGGAACGUACAUUUUUGUUUCCCCAUUGGUUCUGGGAAUGAAGCCAUACGUUUCCUGACUGUUAAAACUGAAUGUUUUUUAAACGUUCUGAGAAUGGAAGUGAAAAUUUCACCUGUUCUGGGAACUUACAUUUUUAGGUUGCAGAGAGGUUCUGAGAACAUUUGUCUAUUGUUCCCUGAAUGUUAAAUAACACUGCUAGUUUAACUCCAAACACAGAUAGAACAUUAUUUGCGCAGGCAUUAAUCAUGCAAACACAUUUCUUUCUUCUUGUGGCAUGAUGUCAGUCAGAUUCAAACCUAUGAUCUUCUGCUCUCUAUCCAUGGAAUUAGUCCACUGCAUCACCAGGAUGGAACUAGCUAUUCAUUUAAACAGACCGUAUUUCAAAGGAAACAAGCCCUUAUUAAGAUCAGGUGUGGCCAAUUAGUAGGUGCGGCCAACAAAUCUGAACAGACUUAACAAGAUUUUUGUUGAUUGUGAGACCGGGAAUGUAUAUGUUUUAAAUAACAUUGUUAGAACGUUCUGGGAAUGUUACUAACGUUUUCUUGUGUUUUUGUUAUGGAAAGCUUUCUUAAUGUUCUGAGAACAUGACUUUAAGUAGAAUCAUGAGGAAACCUGUAGAAAACAUUACGCUGAAGUACUGACAUGUCCACAGAAGAACAUAGUUUCUUAAAGUUAUCUGAAUGUUCUGAGAACAUGACUUUUAAUAGAACCAUGAGGAAACCUGUAGGAAGCGUUAUGGGAAGGUUGUAUGCAAAAUAACUAUAGGAGAACCACGCUCUCACCAAGCUCUAAGAAACAUAUGGUUCUCAGAACGUUAUGUGCUAGCUGGGUAUAUAAUCAACAAACCGUGGACUACAUUGUAAAAUAUGUAGUAGAUAACAGACUAGGAACCACAUUACAAUCCGUGGAUUUGACAACCAUCUAUUCACUCCGUAGAUUUUUAACAACUAUUGAUUUUCUCUGUGAAUAAAACCGAUUGUGGUCCACAAACUGAAGUCAUCAAGCAUUAUUGUGAUCAUCUUGUAACUGACAUACACCAUAUUGAGAAAGUACAGUUUUAGAUUGCUGUGUCCAAAUAAGAUAAUACUGUAUCAAAAUGAAAUAAACGGAUC